ACGGGCGCUAGUGUCGAACAUUUUGUCCGGAAAAGCACGUCGCAAUUUGGUCUCUCUCUGAAAAAGGCUGAGAAAAACGCAUUUUCCCUAGAAAAAUCGUGAUAAAUCUGUAGAAAAAGUAACUAAAAGGUGUAUCUGGCAUUCAAUUCUCUCCGGACACUCAAGUAUCUCACUAUCCACCCACGCAGAAUAAGUCAGAAGGUGUGAUCUCAGAGAGAGAGAGAGAGAGAAAGUGAGCAUCAGGUGAAAAAUCUCCGAUAAAGUUUUUUUUGGACAGGAAAUGCUGUGAAUCGCGAUGAGCAGCUCAUCCUGACCAAAAAGAAAAAUCUCGGCAGUGCCAUUGAUUUGUGCUGUGUUUGUGUAUUGGUGCAAAAUAGCGCACACCCACUCGUGGGGAAGGCAAAAAUUUCUCUGUGAAAAUCGUGAAAAUCAAUUUUUUGUCUGUGAAACUUCUGGGUGAGAGGAAAAAGGAAAACUACGUCGCAAAUUAUAUGUGAGUGAACUUGAAGACAAAAAAAAAUAAAGUUAAUCAGUGCUCGUGAGAGAUGAUAACAAUGAGGGAUAUUGAGGAGAGGCAGGAGAAGGAGAGCCUUCCGGAGAAUCCAUUGAAGACUUGGAGGGCCAAGUAUGACAACAAUUCACUGACCACGGAGGAUUUUAUCAAUUACUUUCACGCCGCCUGUCCAUUCUUCAUCAACAUCAAGGCUGAAGGAGAAGCUGAAACUGUUUGUUUCGACGAGCAGAGCGCCAAAGGAGCGAUUCUCGAUGCACUGGAGAAUUUUAUAUGUGGUGACAAUCCCCAAAAUGUCCUGGACAAACUGAAGUCGGACAACAAUGUGGCGGCUGUCUGUGGGAGAGUUUUUAAGAUUGGCGAACCGACUUACUGUUGUCGUGAAUGUGGUGUAGAUCCCACGUGUGUCCUGUGCGUAAAUUGUUUCAAACAGUCUGCGCAUCGGCAUCACAAAUACAAGAUGGGCACUUCCAAUGGUGGAGGUUGUUGUGAUUGUGGUGAUACAGAGGCCUGGAAGAGGGAUCCGUACUGUGAACAGCAUGUCCAGGGCUUGACUAACAGUCAACCCGAUAAUCCCAUCAUCACGGAAAGAAUGAAGAAAGCCUGUGAAAUGGUUUUUCAUGCUGUUCUCAGUUACUGUUCCACCUCCCUCGAGAUUGAUUGCAAUGGAAAUAUGGCUGGAGUUGAUGAGGAUGAAGACUUUUACUGCACAGUUCUCUACAAUGACGAAACUCACACCUAUGAGCAGGUCAUCCAGACAUUGACGAGAACUGUGGCAUGUCCGCACAAGAAUGCUGUGGAUUAUGUGACGAGUGUGGAUAGGGAUGGACGUGCUGUGGUAUUCUGUGGUUCCUUUUCCGAAUGCAUGCGCCUCAAGGCGGAUGUGGAGAAGCAAUCACUGAGGAAUAUUAUGCAUGCCAAAUCACAGCCAUUGCGUGUGACUGUACUGCAUAAGAAAGCACUGUCCUAUCAGCAAUUUGCCCUGCAACUGCUGGGAUGGUUACAGCAAUUUUUGGUGCAUUGUGCAGCUUUUAGAAAGAUCUUUUGUGAUAUCAUCACCAUGAAUACGGACUACAAUAUUAAUCAUUUGUUGUCGAAUGAUUGUAAAUUGUGGAAGAUGGCCAGAACGAGUUGGCAUAGGGUCUUGAUUUCUGGAAUGUUGAUGGAAUAUGAGAAUAAGAAGAAAUUUGCCGUGGUAUUUACCAAGUUGUAUGCAUCGAUAAUGCAGGACUACAUUAGGGAUGAUCAUGAUCAUUCUUUUUCGAUUGUUUCAAUGAGUGUCCAACUGUUUACAGUUCCUACCAUUGGACAUCAUUUGGUAGCCCAUGAGAGUGCUUUUUUCAUUCUAAUGCAGACCUUCUACACGGAAAGUGUAGAGAAGUAUGUGCAGAAUAAAGUACUGCAAUUUGCCAAGACAACUAUCAAUAUCAAUGUUUUCAAGAGGGCAGCCUAUAUCUUGUACGAUGUGAGGUAUUUACUGAAUAUUGUUCCAGAUGUCUGGACGGAUGAUCUUCGAAAGGGUUUUCUGCAUGGUAUGCAAAUUUUGAUAAAACUUCUGCGAGUUAUGCAAGGAAUGGAUGCAGUACAUCGACAGACUGGUUCACACAUUGAACAUGAGCCAGAAUGGGAGUCUGCUUUCAAUCUGCACAUCAAACUGGCCCAUGUGAUAUCCCUGGCACUUGAUUGGUGCAAGACGGACAAAGUGGUCCUAGUUAAGGUGUACAGGAUGGUGUUAACCUCACUUUCUGAGUCUGAUUUCAUUGUGUCACAGACUGUGACUAAAGUUCAAGAGUUGGCUGAUCAUAGUGUCGCCUGCUUGAUGUACGAUGUAGCUUCACAGCCUGUAUCUAUACACCUACCACUCUCACGCUUCUUUGCCGGCCUCUAUUUGCAUCUGGAGAAAUUUGGUCUGUCCUACUACAGUGUUUCAGCACCAUCAGCUGUAGCUUCAUGUCUCUCACUUGUUCACCUUAUUGAACCUGUUCUCUGCACCCAAACCAUGAUUGCCCAAGUUCAUGCUGGAAUGUGGCGUCGCAAUGGCUAUUCCCUGCUCAAUCAACUGUAUUUCUAUCGGAAUGUAAAAUGUCGUUCAGAGAUGCUGGAUAGAGAUAUUGUAUCUCUGCAAAUUGGUGCUUCAUUGAUUGAAAGCAACGAAUUUCUCAUUCAUCUAAUCAAUAAAUUCAAUCUCAUGAAUUGGGUAUCACCAACUCCGUGGACCUCCUCCGAGGUGGAUUCGAGGUUCACUGAAGAAGAAAAUGUCAGGCAGAGAAUAAAUAUGGUGGAUGAAUUUCUUGAAUUACUCAUCAUUAUCAUUGGUGAGAGGUAUAUGCCUGGCAUUGGUCAAGUAACGGAGGAAGAUAGGAUCAAGAAGGAAAUUAUCCAGCAGCUCUGCAUUAAGCCAUUUUCACACUCCGAACUCAAUCGAACACUGCCGGAUUUUCAGCAUGAGACGGGUAUGGAGAGUGUGAUAAAUGCAGUGGCGAUCUUCAAUAAACCCGCUCAGGCUGAUAGGAAGGGAGUGUAUGAGCUCAAAGAAGAGUUCUACGAUACGUACAACAUGUUCUUCUACCACUACAGCAAGGAAGAGAAAUCGAAGUCUGAAGAGGCCCAGAGGAAGAGGAAGAAUGCUAAGAGGAAUUGCUGCCUACCACCGAAGCUACCAAAGCUGACAGAUGCCUUUUGUAUGAUUGCUAAUCUGCUUCAGUGUGAUGUGAUGCUACUGAUAAUGCAGACAGUUCUGGAGAAGUCAUUGGAUUUGAAGGAGAGAACUUUCUCCGAGGGUCAUUUACAGAAGGUACUCUUCCUGAUUGGCUAUGGGCUACAGGAUGAGGAGAGUGGAAACUAUCCCUUCUUGAUAUUCCAUGAGAAGGCAUUGAAGUGGAAUAUUUUGCAUUUGCUGACGGAAUUGGCAAGUUGUCCGAGAGUUGAAGCUCUAGCUGAGCAUAUUCAGUGGACUGUGAAGAAGUUUAAGGAGAUUCAGGCGAGGGGAGAUGAAGAUGGUGGGGCGGGGAGUAGUCGGGAAGGGGUAGAAAUGGAGGAAGAUACGGCAAUGACGAGUGAUGAGCAGGAAGCGGCUGAGAAGCAGGAGAGAGCAAGGCUUGCGGCUGAGCAUCGGGCUAAGGUGAUGGCUCAGAUGGCUAAUGCCCAGAAGAGUUUUAUGACAGAGAAUGCUGCUCUGUUUGAGAGUACAAAGGUGGAUGUUGAGCGUGAGGAAAUGGCUGAUGCGAUGGAGUGGGAGGUUUUGGAGGUCAGUCAGUCGAUUGCAUGCCUAGGACCGGGAAAAAGGGGACAUUUGGAGGUGGAUGAGAUUGUUUCGUGCAUUUUGUGUUCGGAAGAUGUGAAUGUGAGUAAAGGGGGUCCUUGUAUGGUAUACUCUGCAUAUAUGCAGAAGUCGACUUUGAUCUAUGGACCAGGGAAGAUUUAUCCACAUGUCAGCAGUUGUGGGCAUGUUAUGCAUGCCGAUUGUUGGCUAAUGUACUUUACCAAUGAAGUGGAGAAGGAGACAAGGAGGCCAUAUAGGAAUAGAUCUCCGGCUAGUUUUGAUACGGACAAAAAAGAAUUUCUCUGUCCAUUGUGUCGAUGUCUAAGCAAUACUGUUAUUCCUUUGGCCAGUUCUCUGCCCUUGUACUAUUCGGGGCAUCAUCAUCAGCAUCAUCAUCAGGGAACGGGGGGAAAUGAUAUUUUGGACUUUGGGACUUGGAGUGAGAUCAUGAGGAAAUACAUUGAUGGGAUUGGGAGUGAGGAAGAGGAAAUGCCAGGAAUUUAUGCGAUUCUUGAGGAUUUUGGUUCAAAAACAAAAGAUCUCUUUGGAGAUGCAUGCGUGCCGCUACAGCAGCAAAUUGAUCGGAAUUUGGUGGGGCAUGUGAGUGAUUUUGUGUCCGUGAUGAAGGAAUUGAUUGGGGGCCGGAAGGUUAAUAAGCAUAUUGAGAUGUGGCAGGCAUGUGUGUAUACCAUUCAAGCUGUUGAGAUGCUCCUUAGAGCACAGAGGAAACCCUUAAAGGGUCAUUUGUCCAUAAGGCAGCUGAGUUGCCUUCGGGGAUUGAUAAGAAUGUGUGGUGUAAUGGGUUUUGCCAUGACGGAAAAGGAGAAACGUGAUCUUCUGCCCCAAUUUACAAAAUUCCAUGUUCUAGCACAAUCCAGUUGUAUUCUGGAGACAAAUGUCUUUGAAUCACUCGUGGUGAGUAUCUUUGCCACACCAUGUGUGAUGUAUGUGCAGAAGAAGAAUCAGGAAGAUCUUCAGAAGAGUGAUUGUGUCAUUCCGACUGGACAAUUGAUGGAAUAUUAUAUUUUGAGGGUGGCUUUCUUGCUAAAUAUUGCCAAAAUUCUCAUUACAUUCAAUCCCCCAGUGGAAAUGGAUGAAGAUCCUGAGGAGGGGGAGGAUGAAUUGUACAGAGAGGUUGCCCAGAAGGCUGAGGAGAGGUAUAAAAGGCAGCAGGAAGAUGAGCUAGCGGAGAAAGAGAAAAAAAGUAAGGUUAUGUCGAGUUCACAGGGUGAAAAGUCCAUAAAUAGGGUUAGGGAGGUUCCGGAAGGGGUUGCCAAAGGACCAGAGACAAGUGAAAUGCCAGAAGUCACUGAAGAUGUUCCCAUGGAAGCACCAAAAGAGGAAAAAAAAGAUGAUGACUCAGGUUUAGCCACACUCUUAGCCUUCUUCCGGCUGCACAAUAUCUAUCUCAGUCCCAAAGCCCGUAAGACUAUCACAUCGAGUCAGUUGAUUGGGGAGAUUAAGGAUAAGAUGGUGACUUUCCUAAGAUCAUCCACAAUCCUCUUUCACUUUAUCACAGGCAUAGAGAUGCCAGAGGAAUUUUCAGAUGUGACUGGUGAUACGUUUAAUUUGAUGUGUGAAUAUUUGGGACUUGAUUCAAAUGUCGAAAGUUAUUUUGUGUGCAAGAAAUCCCUGGAACUCAUGACUCUGGCCUCACUGCAUCCCACCAUUGAGGCCAUGAGGAAGGGUGAAACUGACAAAGUAGCUAGUCUGACUUAUCUGCCCGUGAGGGAUCUUGUGGCAUUGCCAGAAGAUUACAGUGACUUGAUCAAUAGUGUGUCCCUCUUCACGUGCCCCAAUAACUCCAGGGAUGACACCCGAAAUCCCACCAUGUGUCUGGUGUGUGGAGAAGUGCUCUGUUCACAGACAUACUGUUGUCAGAAUGAGAUCAACAGGAUGACUGUGGGAGCAUGCACGUACCAUGCCUAUUCCUGUGGAGCUGGAAUUGUUCCACUGCUCAGAAUCCGGGAAUGUGAAGUAAUGUUACUCAGUGUGAGCAAGGGAUGCUUCGUAUCACCGCCAUAUCUCGAUGAAUAUGGCGAAUACGAUGCUGGUCUCAGACGAGGAAAUCCACUGCAUCUGUGCAGGGAGAGGUAUGAAAAAUUACGCCUCAUGUGGCUGAGUCAUGGAUUCUAUGAGGAAAUUGCUAGGACAAUGGAAGUCACAAAUGCAAUGCCACCUACACAAUGGGAGCUGCUCUAGUUAAAAAUCCUAAAUAAAAAAAAUCCCCUAUUCCCCAUUGUUGUCCCACUCACAAUCGCUUCUCGAAAUCCUUCAAAUGUAGCUAUAUAUAUUUAUGAGAAAUCCUCUCAAGUUGUUUCUUUUGGCUAAAACAAAAAAAACUAAAAAAAAAAAACAUCCGUGAAAGAAUUCGCAGGCAGGGAAGUAAUUUUCGGUUCUGUGUACAUAAAGAUAUUCUGACUGUAUUUUUUUCGUAUUUGAUUUUAUUUUUGGGAUCCAAUUGCGGGAUUUUUUUCAGCAUAUUUUGCACAAGAUUCCGCAAUGGAGGUCCCUUUAAGAUUUUUUUUUGAUGAUGAUGAACUUCCUAAAAAGAAGAUGAAUUUGAGAUGAAAGUAUGACGAUAGUGAUCGGUAUGCAGCCAGUCGAUGACGCUUUUUCAAGAAUGAUUGAGUCUCCAUCCUUUUUCUUAACGUUAUAAUUAAAGAAAAAAAAUGUACAUUUUGAUUUAUUUUGGUUUGAUAUUUUUGUGAGAUAUGUUGAGAAAGAGAAAAGAAAUAAAUGAUACAGUAAAUGAA